ACACCAAACCUCAGACAUUCACCUGGAUGACCUUCAGAACAGGAUCUCUGACUGACGUGUUAAAUGAUGAACACUACCGUGGCAGACUUCAGCUGUUUAAUAACAUUUCUCCUGGUAAUCUGUCUCUGUUCAUAUCUGACCUGACAGAAGAGGAUCAGGGAAACUACAGGUGCAGCACUGAGAAGGGACUCAGAGACAUCACAAUUUAUGUUAAAGACUGUGAUCUCUCUGGUGAUAAUUAUCAGGUGUUUAAUGGACACCCAGGAGGUUCAGUUCUGUUACCCUGCUCCUGCUCUGACCUGAACACCAAACCUCAGACAUUCACCUGGAUGACCUUCAGAACAGGAUCUCUGACUGACGUGUUAAAUGAUGAACACUACCGUGGCAGACUUCAGCUGUUUAAUAACAUUUCUCCUGGUAAUCUGUCUCUGUUCAUAUCUGACCUGAGAGAAGAGGAUCAGGGAGUCUACAGGUGCAGCACUGAGAAGGGACUCAGAGACAUCACAAUUUAUGUUAAAGGCUGUGAUCUCUCUGGUGAUAAUUAUCAGGUGUUUAAUGGACACCCAGGAGGUUCAGUUCUGUUACCCUGCUCCUGCUCUGACCUGAACACCAAACCUCAGACAUUCACCUGGAUGACCUACAGAACAGGAUCUCUGACUGACGUGUUAAAUGAUGAACACUACCGUGGCAGACUUCAGCUGUUUAAUAACAUUUCUCCUGGUAAUCUGUCUCUGUUCAUAUCUGACCUGAGAGAAGAGGAUCAGGGAGACUACAGGUGCAGCACUGGAUUCUGGGAAUACAGAGACAUCAGGAUUAAUGUUGAAGUAGGAAGAAGAGAAACUUCAACACACUCGGGGAAAACAGACAGAAGACCUCCAUCAGAACAGCCUCCAAGUAAAACAACAAACUCUCCACCUUCAUCAUCCUCAACAACACUGGAACAAGAAAGCAAAGCAACUUCAGCUCUCUCAAUGAAAACACACAGAAGACCUCAAUCAGAACAGCCUCAAAUCACACCAAAAACCUCUUCACCUUCAUCAUCCUCAACAACACUGGAACAAGAUGAACAAGAAACUCAUAGCAGCCUCCCUCUGGUGUUCGGCAUUGCGGCAGCUUUUCUGUCGGUGAUAGUCGGUGUAGUGGCAUUUAUUUGUUGGAGAUGCAAAGGAGGAAGAUGUGGAAAGAAGGUGAUUACUGAAGGACGUCCAAAGCAGAAGGAUCAGACUGUACCUGAUGUUACUUACUCUACUGUAAGCCACAUUCACACAGCCGGAGCAGCUCAGGUCCAGAUCAACGCUGGAGAGAAAACCGAAUACGCCAGCAUUAAAAAAGAAAAAGAAGAAAAAUGAAAGUUCAUCACCCUGUUUUGUGUAAGACGACUGCUGUAGAAGUUGUGUUUGUUUGUGACUGUCGUGGGAAAGUCGUCUGGACUGAAUGUGGAUUUCAAAAUGAGUUUUUGUAAAACACACUUAUAGUUAGUUAAAGGGUUUGUGACAGUGGUCACUGCAGUGUCACAGCCUGAAAUACUGUAGCUUAUGAUGGAAGAAAACCCUGACCUCCUCCUGCCACCCUGACCCGUGGUCUGACCUGCAGGAUUUGUUUUAAGCUGUAGAACAGAAGAAAGUCUUUCAUAUUCAGAUUCCUGCUCUGCCUCAAUAACACAGGAUUUCAUCUUACAAGAAUCCAAGAAUCAUAUUUUGUGAAAUCAUGUAGAGGUGAGCGUCCUGUGAUAAUCAUAAUGGCCAUUUUCUUUAAUAUGAAUCUCAUGUUAGCUCGUAGCUUUGAAGGAUUUUCUUGUGUAUGUGAAUAAAUCUGAAUAAAUCUGUCAUUAUCUUAAUUAUGUCCUGUCCUUACGCUAACGUAAUCAGUAACUAUCAUCAGUCUAUAUUAACAUUACUGAUGUUAUACAGCAUAACCCAUAUUGAUCAACUGUUAUUGUUGAUAUUUGACCAGUCACCAAGUAAAAUUUAUUUUUCAUAUUUUUUUAUGUAAAGCAGAAUAAGAUUACUGCACAAAUACUGUAAUUGUCCAUCACACACCAAAGCAUUAGUUACUGAAUACUGAAAUAUUGACUGAGCUGAAUCUGAACUUUUUUCCUCUGAAUCUGUAGAGCAGCAAGUUUCUGUUAAAGUCAAUCUGCUUAGAUCCUCGCUGGUCAUUUGUUUAAAACUGAUUCCCCAGACACAGGAGUGUCCAGCACACAUUACUUAUUCUGUAUGAGUGACCAAGUCAGACUGUCCCGCUGUAGUACUUCAUAUUUUCUUCUGCUGUGAUGUUUAUAUUUUUAUUUUUAAGCACUUUAUGUAGGAAACAAUUUACAAGCUAUAGAGCAUGUCUUUAUAUUAUAAGGGUCUUUUUUCUUGUGUAGAGUCCAUGCACAAAUACCUGUGCCCUGUGAACACUGACACACACACACACACACACAAAUGUGCCAUACAUCUACAUGGUAAAGUAUUUUAUCAGGUUUUAAUUUGUUACUAUCUUAAGUAUAACAUAAAUCUUUACAGGAAAUCCUAACUGAUCUCAAGUCCUGCUAUUUUCCAGCCUCCAUGUUCCCCUUGUGUGUCAUGACUGUUCAGAAUAAUGUUAACUGACAUCUGUAUCAUGAUCAUUUCUCAGACCUUGUGUUAAAAGGCAUAUGUGAGUAAGGUGACAGAUUCUUCUCACAUAAAAUGAAUAGUUAAUUACAAAAAAUGACAACAUUAGAGCUAGGAUAAAUGCAGUACUAUUUUUGACUUAAGUACAUUUGGAUACAAGAACUUUUGUACUAUAACUCAAGUAGAAAUUCAAAUUGAGGACUUUUGCUUUUACCGUAAAAUUAAGUAAAAAUUUGAGUAAAAAUCAAACAGCAGCCUCCACAC